AUGAUAAUUUCGAAUACAAAUAUAAAUCAUGAAGUAUCAAAUCAAACACAAUCAAUCUUUUCGAUUGAUAAAACAGUUAAGAAUGAUAAAUUUUUCAUAGCGACAGGUAGCAUAGAUGGCAAUAUCAAAAUCUGGACCAGAAAGACAGUUAGUAAUUAUGAAUUAGUAAAGACAAUUAAAAGACAUAAUGGAUCAAUAACAAUUAUAAGAUUUUCUAAGUCGGGUAGGUAUUUUGCAAGUGGUGCGGAUGAUGGAAAGUUAAGCUUAUUUAAAGUUACUGAUGAAUGUGAAUUUGAUUUUCUUUACAAUUUAAAACAAUCAUCAGAUAUUACAUCAUUAGAUUUUAUAAAUGAUGAUUUUAUAGUUACAGGAAAUCUUGAUGGAAAAACUAAUGUUAUUGAUAUUUAUAAUCAUAAAAGAUUGCAUGAGUUUAAAGAUCAUACAAAGUCUAUUCUUAACGUAAAAUCAGUUGAUAAUGAAACAUUCCUUACAUUUUCAGAAGGUGAAAUAUUUUUGUAUAAACAAAGUUACAAAGAUAAUGAAAGAUACUUUAGUUUAUUUAAACGAAAAUUUUAUAAAAUUGAUGAAGAUACCUCGGGAAUGAAUAAUAAAAUAUCCGUUCAAGGUAAUUAUAUAGCAUUAGGAUUACAGUAUAAUAAUAAUAGGCACACGGUAGAUGUUUUAGAUCAAAAUUUAAAUUUUUUAUAUUCAUUAGUAGGUCAUAAAUUACCAGUAGAAGUAGUGUCUUUUAACGAUAACGUCUUUUUAAGUGAUAAAAAUGAAGAGUUUAGUGUAAUAGCAUGUGCUAGUCAAGAUACAUCAAUUUCCUUUUGGUCGACCAUUAAUCCUAAACCUUUUCUUUUAAUAAAGGAUUUUACACUUGAUCCAAUAUUAGAUAUGUUUUGGUAUAAGAAUGCACUUGUAUGUGCUUCAUAUGAUGGAGUAGUUAAGGUGGUUGAGUUUGAUAAUGAUGAAUUAAACUGUAAUUAUGUUAAGAACAAACAAAACCAACUGAAUUUAACUAAAGAAAAUAUUUUAUUAGAAAAAGAAUUUUUUAAAGAUAAAAUUGAUGAACCUAAUAAAGUUAAAGAGGAGAAAACUGAAAUGGUUGAAGAGGACAAAAAAACUGAAAGUAAUAAAUCAAAAGUAAGAAAAAUUACACCUGUUUCAAUUUCUAAAGAUAACAAAAAAAUUGAUGGAAAAACAAAAGUUAGAAUUAACAAUGAAAAUUUUGAUAGUAAAGUUUAUACAAAAACAAUAGAUGUAAAUAGAAUGAAAUAUCAGAUGAAAUAUGAAAAUGAUCAAAUUUGUAUUUUUGUUAAUAAUAUAUUAUUAUACAAAUUACACAUUAAUAGUCGUUAUCCUAAUGUUGUCUAUAAUAACAAAUAUAUGAUAAUAUAUGAUGAUUAUGUUCGAAUAUAUUAUAUUGUUAAUGGUAUGCUGGUAUAUCCUUAUAUUCAUAUCAAUGUUACUUGUAUUGAUUUGAGAGAUAAUAGGUUGUUAUUAGCUGAUAAAACAACUAUUAAGAUUAUUAAUUUACUAAAUAUGGAAGUAUUUCUAGAAACUAGUAUUCCAGAGUAUAAAGAAAAUAUUUCUAAUGUAUAUUUUGAUGAAAAAUAUAUUUUGCAUGUAAAAUACAAAGAUGAACUGGUACUUAUCUACCAUAAAAAGUUUUGGAUCCCAAUUAAUAAUCUUACUAUAAAAAAUUCAAUAGAAAAUGAUUCUCUUCUUUCAAAUAAUAAUGAUAAUGAUAACACACUUGAACACUUAGAAAGUUUAUAUAAUAUUUAUAUAAUUACUAAUGAUGUAGAUAAUGUAUUUGGUGUUGGUAUGAAAAUGGUAGGCAUAUGUGCAAGGGUAAAUGAUAUUAAUGUUAUAUUAGAGGUCAAAUUAGUAAAGUUAAUUGAAUAUUUAAUUUCAAAAGAUUGCAAAUCUUAUGUUCAUGAACUUUUAAAACGACUGAACGAAGUUAAAAAUAGUCAUGGUUUUAUUGAUAGAAUAUUAAAUAUUUUGAAGUAA